AUGAAACCAUUUCAGAUUUUAAAAAAAAUUGUGAUAUUCUCAAUUAUUAUUUUCUCUUUUGAAUAUGAACAAAAUAUUUUAUACGAUAUAAGGAAAGGAAAAAAUGUGUAUUCCCAAACAGAUUCAAUAAUUUUUAGAAAUGAUAGAAUAUUAAAAGGUUCAACAAAUCAAUUAGAUGCAAAUUAUUUUUACGAUUCCUUUAUGACUAUUGCAUCUCUGAAAGAUGAAUAUGAAGAUUGCGGUGAAACACAACCUGAAAUAUAUAAUGAACAUAUUAUAAAUUUUCAUAAAGACAACGAAGAAUAUAAAAAUAAAAAUAAAUAUAAAGAAACAAAAAUAUGUGAAGAGGGUUGGGAUUAUAUAGAUAGUGAUAACUAUAUAGAUGAUGUAUGUGUGAAUGAACUUGAUGAAAUGACAAGUACAUAUAAUAAAAGAGCACGUGCAAAUGAUAAAAGAACAUGUGUAAAUGAUAAAAAAACAUGUGUAAAUGAUAAAAAAACAUGUGUAAAUGAUAAAAAAACAUGUGUAAAUGAUAAAAAAACAUGUGUAAAUGAUAAAAAAACAUGUGUAAAUGAUAAACCAGUAAGUAUAGAUGAUGAUAUAUUAUAUAUAGAUGAUGAUAGAGUAUACAUGUUUGAUGAUAAAGUAAAUGUAUAUAAGAAGAAAAGUAUAUUUGAUGAUAAGGGAAGUAUAGAUGAUAAGGGUAGUAUAUUUGGCAAUAUAAUAGGUGUACUUGAAGAUCAAUUAGAUAAAUAUAAUAAGGAAAUUACAUUUGAUGAUAAUGACAGUAUAGAUUAUGAUGACAGUAUAUUUGACGAUAGAGUAUGUAUACUUGAAGAUCAAUUAAAUGAAUAUAAUAAGAAAAGUAUAUUUGAUGAUAAUGAGAAUAUAGAUGAUGAUGUUUUGAAUAAGUUAGAAUCUUCAAACGAGGAAAAUCAUAGUAAAAUAAAAUAUAAGAUAGAUUUUAUUCCAUGUUCAGAUAAUUCAGUAGAAAAAAAAAAAAAUUUAUCAUCGAGAUAUGACCAUUUUAAACAAGUAAUAGAUAAUGAAAAUUUCUUGAUUAUUGAUUUCAGUAAUUAUGAAAGAGAAUAUAAUAGAAUUAUUUUAACAAAUUAUAAAAAACAUAAAUAUAAUAGUCUUACCAAAGAUAAGUUAAAAAAAAAAGUCAUAAAUAUGGGUAUAAACAUAAUAAUCGGGGUUUUAAUUAUUGGAACGAUUGGACCUGCACUUCCUUUUAUGUUUGCAACGAAAGAAACAUUUAGUAAUCAAGUAAAGAGCAUGUGGAAAUUUUACAAAAAAAAAAUUACAGAAAGACUCAGAAAGAAAUAA